UCAAAUUUCAAUUGCUGUAGUGUUUAUUAGAAAAUAGUAUUAUUACAAUGUCAAAGUUUUGUGUGUGAAGUGAUUUUUGUGAUACAUUCCAAGGAGUUUUUAUUAUCGUAGUAUGGAUGCUGACUUCCAGCUAAUCAAGAAUGAUUGUAAGCCGCUGUGUUUGCCGACAGACAGAAGCUCAAACAACAUGAUAAUGGCGCAGGUUCUUUCGGAAGCCGAUCGGCCAUUAUGCAAUGCUGCGUACAGAGAAGGACAACUAUGUCAUGUGCGAGUGCGCUCGAGUACUAUUUCGCACUCUAUUCCACGCAUAGGAUUAAUGCGCAGGACAAGGACAAAGAUAUGUCGCAGGGGCAGGCCACGCCCAUCACCGCCCAUCACCUAUCACCUAGUUGCUCUCCCCACCACUCGAAUCGGCCUGCCAUUGCUAAAGGAUAUCAUUUCGUUUUCGACUGCGGCCGUGUACGGUGUACGGUUUACGGCUAGAAGGGUCUCGGCGAAAUGGACGUAGCCGACCGGCUUGUUGCUGUUUGUAAUUGUGCCCUUAUCAAGUCUAAUUUACAUGAGAAAUUUGAACUGAUGCAGCACCGUUUACAGGAGAAAAGGUCAGUGAUACAUAUUUCUUAUAUUAAUUUCAAGGUUUUCGUGUUGAUUUUGUGGGUACCG